AUUUAUAAAACAGGGUAUCAAAAAUCUAAGAUCAAAUCCGUCUUUCAGUUGUCUGUUUCUGAACCAGUGAACCACCACUCUCUUCCCCAAACUCCCAACUCCCAAUUAUCAGCUAACCUUCUUAUUCAAAAGAAUGGAGGUAGGGUUUUUGGGUCUGGGUAUAAUGGGCAAAGCCAUGGCCAUGAAUUUGCUGCGCAAUGGCUUCAAGGUUACUGUUUGGAAUAGGACUCUUUCCAAGUGUGAUGAACUUGUGGAACACGGAGCUGCUGUUGGAGAAACACCUGCAGCUGUGGUUAAGAAGUGCAAGUAUACAAUUGCAAUGUUGUCGGACCCCUCAGCCGCCAUAUCGGUUGUUUAUGAUAAAGAUGGAGUCCUUGAGGAAAUUUGCAAUGGAAAAAGCUAUAUUGAUAUGUCAACUGUCGAUGCUGAUACAUCCAUAAAGAUCAGUGAGGGAAUUAUAUCCAAGGGUGGGCGAUUUCUUGAAGGUCCUGUUUCCGGUAGCAAAAAACCUGCAGAGGAUGGUCAAUUGAUUAUCCUAGCCGCUGGAGAGAAGGGGCUAUAUGAUGAGGCAAUUCCAAUUUUUGAUGUGCUCGGGAAGAAGUCUUUCUUCUUGGGGCAGGUUGGAAAUGGAGCUAAAAUGAAGCUUGUGGUCAACAUGAUAAUGGGCAGUAUGAUGAAUGCAUUUUCGGAAGGGCUGGAAUUGACUGAAAGCAGUGGACUAGAUCCUCGUACUCUUCUUGAUGUGCUGGACUUGGGAGCUAUGGCUAAUCCAAUGUUCAAGAUGAAAGGACCUUCAAUGCUUCAAAGUAAAUACCCCCCUGCGUUUCCUUUAAAGCAUCAACAGAAAGAUAUGAGAUUGGCUCUUGCCCUUGGAGACGAGAAUGCUGUUUCAAUGCCAGUAGCAGCUGCUGCAAAUGAGGCAUUCAAAAAGGCUAGAAGCAUGGGUCUUGGAGAUCAGGAUUUUUCAGCUGUGCAUGAAGCAAUUAAGGGUCCUAAACACCCAUAAUUACAAAGAGCACAAAUCUUAUUUCAGACAGGAACUUGAUGGAAGAUUACAAGUUGUAUGUGUGGUCGAUUGAUUACCACGUACACCUAUCUGACAAUUUCCUUGGAAUUGAUGCAUAAGAUUAUUGAGCAUUAUGUGAUGUUCGUGCUAAGAUUGUACAAGUACCCGUAUUAUGGAGGAGAAUAUAGCGAGGAAGGUCAAGAUCUUGUAUUCAUAAUAAUAGCACAACAUUGAAGUAGUCUUUUGAGAGGCAAAUUUCAGUAGUGUCAAUUUCAUAUAUAUUGUUCAUCAGCUGCACGGUAAAAGCUCCUUGAAAUACAACCAGGGGUUAUUACUGGUGCUGUCUAAGUAGGAUCUCUCAAUAAUGAAAUUGUUGGCAACACUUACACCGCAAGCUUAGAGAAACUACCUUCAAUAAAUUGCAAUCUAUCAAAAGAA